UUUUAUAUUACAACUUGACCACAAAUAUAGGUUUAAAUCAUAAGAUGUUCAUACAGAUAUGAAUCUUUUUUUCUAAUCUUCUUUUUUCCCUUUUGGAAGAUAUCCUCAUUACAUUAUAACUUGACCACAAAUAUAGGUUUAAAUCAUAAGAUGUUCAUAUUUGUACCCCUUUUUUGAGAUUUACUCUCUUUGGACUGUGGUGAAUCUAUGGAAGGAAGAAGAGGGGAUGCCUCUGAUUCAAGACCCAGUUUGUUUGAUUUGUCUCUGCUGGGCUUGGAUCACUAGGAUUCCCCUCCAUACUGUCCUAUACAUAUCAACUAAGUGAAACUAAAGGGCAGUCAGGUGAUGGUGUCUGGCCCUUGUUUGACAGCAUUGAGGUUCUCAGAAAUGAAGUCAGGGCAGCAGGAAGAGAAGCAAUUUGACAACCAGAGUCCCUUCUUUGCAGGACCUUGUAGAGUUCACCUCUCUUCCCACCCAGUUUGGAAUAGGAGCAUUUUAAACAUUUCUUUCUGUUUCCAGCCCUUAGCCCUAUGCCUGACACAGUUUUGUUAUUGUUCAGUCAACUGAAAAGUAUGCAAAGUUCUCUGGAACCCUUUAAAGUGCUACAUUAAGUGCAAAUGAAUCAAAAUUAAAAUUAUAUCAUAUCUGCAUCUAUGAACCUCUGUACUACACCCUUUCCAUCUUCCUUCUCCCACCCAGGCUUCCCAGGUUUGCACUUUUUGAAAACAUCGACUGGUUAGAUUUUCUCUCUUAGAAAUUUAAUCAAAUCUAGAACCCAAGUCCAGAGCUGGAAGUAAUCUUGAAGGCCUUCAUGUUCCCUCUUCUCAACUUACAGGUGGGGAAACUGAGGCCCCAAGAAAGUGAGUGGCUAACCCAAGUGAGUUAGAAGUGAGUGACAGGUCAAGAAUAGAGCACAGUUUUUCUGACACUCUAGACCACUUUCUCUCCCUUGCCCUCAUUAUCUUUUUCUUUACCCAAGAUGUUCAGAAUGUUCUUAACUACUCAGCUCAUGCUUUCAGCUCAUGGACAGAAAUGUAUGGUGGAACAGCAUGAGGUUGAUGGGGAGUGCUGCUAUCCUUGCCAUUCAGGAUACAAACUUCAUGGGAUGUGCAGUAUAAUGAGAGGAACCAUGUGUGUGCCUUGUGAUCCUGGGACCUACACAGCACAUGAGAAUGUCCUGAAGAAAUGCUUUCAGUGUAAAGUGUGUGAUCCUGAAUUGGGCCUGGUGACCAGAAGGGAAUGUUCAUCUACAUCCAACACUGUGUGUAGUUGUUCUUCAGGCUAUUUCUGCACUGACACAAAAGAUGACAACUGUGAGAAAUGUGUUGGUCCCAGAGUCUGCAGCCCUGGCCAAUAUGUGAAAUCUAGAGGCACUACCUCUAUGAGGCUGUUGGAUUCUGCAAUGGUGUCAUUGCCAUCCUUUCUUGGAGAUAGCCUCUGAGAACUUCCUUUCAAGACAAAACAUGACAGCCUUUGCUGGAUGUGGGGCCUUGCAUCAUGUGGGGCCCUCUACAAGUGGGGGCUUUGUCCUUCAGAAUAUAAUUUCUCAUCACUUUUGCAAGGAACUAUGGAGUGUUUGGAGCUAGUUCUCCAGAGCUGGGACAAGUUGGUUUCGCUAUCUUAUGCUUCUUCCAUGGGUUAUUUUCUCAGCACAUUGGGUUGUGAGUGCGGCUACUUGACCAUACUUUUCACCCCAAAUUGCAAGUUUUUACUGAAGAGCCCAUAAAAGCCCCACCCUCCAUUUCUGUGAGGCUCCACUGUAUGAGUUCCAUGGAUCAGAUUCUACCCAGGGACUCUCAGUCUACAAAAUGAACAUGUGCCUUUCACCUCAGGUCCUGCCCCAUAAUUUGAACAUGUGGGCAGACACGUACAUUACAUCCAGGAGGUGGCUUGCUGAGAUAACUCUUACCUCAGCUCAGGCUCUUGCACCCCAUCCUCUUCUGGCUUUCCCACCAGUGGCAGGGGCAGAGCGGAGAACUGGGAGUUGGAAUAAUUCCCCAAAAGCCCAAAAUAGGCAUUCUGUGUGCUGGUGCUUUGUGCAAAGUUUGCCAGCAAAUGAUAAUGCAACCAAUCAGGUCAUGGCUAAUUGAACUCUGAGCUUUCCUCGAUCUUAUUUACUUAUGGAACAUAUUGGUGAAGGUGGGAGAGGGGAAGAUGGAAUAAAUAUUGGACCAUAAAGGACCUCAAGUCUCCCUUUAUAACUAGAAGUCACAAGGUCUCUGGUCAUAGGACAAGGGCUGUAAUGCUGGAGAAACUGAGCAAGCUAGAGAUUAGAGAUCAAUUUAAUAAUUUAUUUGAA